CCGUAUUAUUCCAAAUAUUUUGGAAUGACAGCAUGAAACAAGACAUCAGAGAGGAAGAUCGGUAGUGUUUUAUAAAGAAAUCUGCAAAAUGCCUGAGAAGAAAAGUGCUGCUGAAACAGACAAUGUACAGGUGUGUGUCCGCUGUAGGCCCCUGAAUGCAACAGAAGAAAAACAAGGAUGUGUAAUGUGUGUCAAUGUUGAUGAGGUCAGGGGAUGUGUGACUGUGAAAAACCCAUCUGCCUCACAAGGGGAGCCCCCUAAGACCUUCACCUUUGACACUGUGUUUGCCCCCAACUGUAAACAGGUGGACGUGUACAAUAAGACAGCUAGGCCGAUCGUGGACUGUGUACUGGAAGGCUACAAUGGCACCAUAUUUGCGUAUGGACAAACAGGAACUGGGAAAACCUUUACCAUGGAAGGCGUGCGGACAGUACCAGAGAUGCGAGGAAUUAUACCUAAUUCCUUCGCACAUAUUUUUGGACACAUAGCUAAAGCAGAAGGUGACACAAGAUUCUUGGUAAGAGUAUCUUACCUGGAAAUAUACAAUGAAGAAGUUCGAGAUUUGCUUGGCAAGGACCAGCAUCAAAAACUAGAGGUGAAGGAAAGACCAGAUGUUGGAGUGUAUGUCAAGGACCUAUCUAACUUUGUGGUUAACAACGCAGAUGACAUGGACAGAAUUAUGACCAUUGGCAACAAGAACAGGGUAGUUGGGGCCACCAACAUGAAUUUACACAGCUCCCGGUCUCAUGCCAUCUUUACUGUGACCAUUGAAUGCAGUGAGAAAGGUUUGGAUGGCAAGCAGCACGUCCGUGCUGGUAAACUUCAUCUUGUGGAUUUGGCUGGAUCAGAACGACAGGCAAAGACUGGAGCAACAGGACAGCGACUGAAAGAAGCUACCAAGAUCAAUUUGUCUCUGUCAACUCUCGGCAACGUCAUCUCAUCCCUGGUGGACGGAAAAAGUACUCACAUUCCGUACAGAAACUCCAAACUUACACGUCUACUGCAGGAUUCGCUGGGUGGCAACUCCAAAACAGCUAUGGUUGCUAAUAUAGGACCUGCUGAUUACAACUAUGAUGAGUCGAUAAGCACUUUGCGUUAUGCUAACCGUGCCAAGAACAUCAAGAACAGUGCUAAGAUCAAUGAGGACCCCAAGGACGCCUUGCUAAGACAGUUCCAGAAGGAGAUUGAAGAGCUCCGCAAACAACUGGCAGAAGGUUCAGAUUAUGAGGGUAGUGGAAGCGAGGAAGAAUCCUCGGGCGAGGAAGGUGAGCCCGGAGAAGGUGGAACAAGGAAGAAGAGGGGGAAGAAAAAGAAAGGUGGUGGUGGUGGAGCAGGAGGUGGCCAAAAGAAAAUUUCCAAGGAAAAGAUGGCAGAGAUCCAAGCAAAGAUUGAGGAAGAUCGACGGAUGUUGGAGGAGAAGAAAGAUAUGGCAGAGGAAGACAGGAACAAAGUAAAGGAGGAUCUUGAAGUGAAAGAGGCGGAGCUCAAAAAGUUCCAAGAUGAACAAGACCAGCUGACUCAGAAAUUGGCGGCCAUUGAGAAGAAAAUUAUUGUUGGUGGGGAAAAUCUGCUAGAGAAGGCAGAGGAACAGGAGAGGAUGUUAGAGGAGAGCGCCAUGGAACUGGAGGAGCGCAAGGUCAAAGAGGAGGAGCUUAGGAGAGCACUACUGGAGAAAGAGCAAGAAAGACUUGAUAUUGAAGAGAAAUAUUCCAGCUUGCAAGAAGAAAUAAUAGGCAAAACCAAGAAGCUGAAGAAAGUUUGGACGAUGCUUAUGCAAGCAAAAUCUGAGAUUGCAGAUUUACAACAGGAACACCAGCGUGAGAUGGAGGGCCUACUAGAAAAUGUCCGUCAACUGAGCCGAGAACUCAAGUUACAGAUGACCUUGAUUGACAGCUUUAUACCUGCAGAAUACCAGGAAAUGAUAGAGGAUCAUGUUCACUGGAAUGAUGAUAUCGGGGAGUGGCAGUUAAAAUGUGUGGCAUACACGGGUAACAACAUGAGGAAACAGACACCUCAGCCUGACAAGGAGAAGGAUCGGUUCCAGGAGCCAGACUUAUCCAAUGUUUACCUUGCUUAUACUGCUGAGGGAGCAGAGCAGGCCUUGAGACCGAAAUCAUCAAAGGCAUCACGUCCCAAGUCUGGGCGACCAAAGACUGGCAACCGACCCAAGAGCUCAAAGAAAAAGAAGCCUGACCCAAGUAUAGAUUCUGUAUUACAGUGACUAUAUACAGCAGCCGUCGUGUUGUUUAUACUAAAACUAUUCAUGUUUGUACAACACUUCUCUACUGUUCUCAAGUGGGUGGUGAGCUGAAGCAUUUAUGUCUACACAGAGAAGAUACUGAGGAGAGACACUAUUGUCAUAUCAUCAAAACUUGCGUUGUGAUUAACAGGAAGUUGUCAUUUUUUCAUGGAUAUUUAUCAACUAGUAUGAUAUGAAUUUUAUGUUGCAAGAUUUAAUUUUAUUAAAAGUUAAUCAAAUUUAAAUGUAGCAUACCGCAGCAAUUUUCAGGCAAUUUUAUUUUUUUUCUAUUGAUUCCCCAAUUGGAGAUAAAAGUAUGUGUACUCUUAAGUGUUAAUUUCACUCAGAAAAGCAUUAUUCUCAAAUCGUCUCAAAGCAUGAUCCAUUCAAAGAUUUGUACUGACUAUGAGAGGGUUAUUCCAAAUUUGUUCUCAUUAAAGUAAAAUCGUUUAAGUUCUUAUAAGCUUUGUAUAAUAAUAUAUGUACAACAGCUGUAUUGUCAAUCAUUAUGAUACUUUAUUGUUAAAUUAAAUUUUCAAAAUGUUCAAGAUAUUUACUACUGGAAAAAAUAUAUAAAUACUUUUAAUGUCUGUUUUGACUUGUAAUCACUUUGAAUCUCUAAACUGACUAACUUUGUUACAAAAUUUCAUAUCGAUAGAAAAAUGUUUAAAUGGUGAUUUCUAGCUGUAUAAAGCAUACUUUAAGAAACAAAGGAAAUGUACAGGAUACUGUUCCAUUGUCAAUUUUGAACCUUAUUGUCAAUGAUUAUACAAUGUCUUGUAUUGUCUUGUAGCUUAAUGUCAAUCAAUUUCUGUACUUUUAUAUUACACUGUCACUGAUUUUAUGAAUGGAUGAGUCAUGAGAGAGAUUGUAUCCAGUUUGUAUUUCCCUGUUUAGUGGGUGAAGAAAAGUCCUGACUCAUUGUAUUAACAAUUCUGACAUAUAAAUCCUUACAAUGGGUAUUAAUUGGUAAAUAGCAGUGUUAUUUAAUAUUACCCACUUCUAUGACAUAAAACAUGAUUAUACAAAGAGCACAUGUAAAAAGCAAAAUUUUAAAAUCCAUCGUUUGUUUUCAAUUAAAUGAGUGGUAAACUAACAAUUUAAGUGAUAUGUAAAACAUUUACAUUAAAAUACUGAUUACAUGUGUGCAGUUAAGAUUAGUAUUUUAUACUGAUAACAUGUUGUAUAUCAACAUGUUCAGCCCCAGAUAUUUGACAUAGGUAUGUAAUCCAUGGUUGUGUAUAAAUUUUUGAGUUUAAAUUAAUGUGAGAUUGUCUUGUUAUUAUUUAUUAUCUUCGAGUCAAAAUUGUCAGUUUACUUUAUUGCUUCUGAUACAAGAAGCAGAUGUGUUACCUCUUGUUUCAAUCACGUUCAGAUUUGUACAGCCUAAACAAGUGUGUUACUUAGUGAUAUAAAUGUGUAUAAAUUUUCUUGGUUUAGUUAUUUUCCCCACAAUAUACAUUGCGCUCAGAGUACUUGUAUUUCAUGUUUGAAUCCUUUACUUAAUAACUCUUAUGUUUUUCACAAAGGUCAAGAAAUCGAUCCGGAAUACACAGAGAAAACUGAUGAAGGAAUUAGUAUGUGUACUUGUGAUGUGAGCUCGUGUUAUUCCCUGUAAUAUUCUUAGCAUUAUGGAGUAAUUUAAAAUUCCAUAAACAUCCAAUCGUAUGUGUAUCACUUCGUGUUUACCAUUAGAAUACAUCUUUAUUCCAUCAUCUGUGUCCAAACUAGUAGUCAGGAAAGUAAUUACUUAGCUUGAACAAUUUUUAAGUUUCUGCUAACAUAGAAAAACCACCAAACGCAACGCAUCAUUAUGAGAUAGGAGUACUCGUUAAUAGAAUACUGUAAAGACUUAUACUGGCACACUUCAACUUUAGUACAUUACUGGAUUUAAACAAAAUUUUACUAUGAAAAGUGGUGUACAAUACGGGUGAGAGAUCUCAACGUUUUGUGUACAAAUAGUUAAUUUUUUGGUACAUGUAUUUGAUUUUCCUUGAUUUAUUUGUGAAAUUUUUUUAUGUUUUGUAAUAUACAGAAAUACAUAGUUGAAUCUCCUGUCUACUUCAAGUCAUAUGGUUUUUAUAUAUUUUGUUGGAUGGAAACUUUCAGAUUUUAUUUUAAUUUCUGCUACUAAAAAGUGAAAUUAUUAAUUUAAGGUGUGAAAUUUAAACAUGUAUAAUUACAGCAAUUACAUCUCUUGAAAGCGUAAUUAACGUUAUAUGUACAUUUGAAUCGUGUCACAAUAUGCACACAUAAAAUGGUUGUGAUCAAAUUGUUCAAAAAAACAUGUUCUACUCAUUAAUGUUCAUAUAAAAUUACUGGGUAUUAAAUCCGAAUAGUUGUCUGUAGAGUCCUGAAAACUGACCUCAUGCACAUAUAAAACUUGGAACAGGUGACCUAAGUAGUUAUCAGAAGAUAAGCUGUGAGCCCUUGACCUACAUUUGGUGUGCACUGUGGAGUGCUGUAAGACAGUUUCCUUGUCAGUUGAAAUAUACCUCGGUAUAGGAAUUUAAAUGCUGUCAGAAAAAAAAGUGUUUUUGGCAUACUGGGAAAUUUGAUAGUUUCACUUGUGUUAAACUUGCUCAUGACAGUGCAUAUUAAUACAUAAUGUCUUGGUAUCACAAUGCAUAGAAGCAAAAGGUGAAAUCAACACUAAGUGAUUGAUGAAGGGCUAAUUACAAGACUGGGAGUGAAUUUCUAUCUCCGUUACUGUAAUCUCUGUCCUACACUGGUUUAUGAGAGGAGUUUGUAGCAUUUUACGUUCUUAUUUAUUUUGUUGCCAAAUUCAAUGAUUCCAUCCAUUCUACAAAUUUUACAUAGUUUUAUUUUUUUCCACUUUAUUUCUUCUAUAGAGAUAUCUUCGUCAUUGAAUGUAUUGUUACUGAAUGUAUUGCUUGUCAUAUUUUUCAAGCAUUGAAAUUGGUAUUUGUUAUCAUCAUGUGAGAUUGAAAUGUGCUGUUUCAUUUCUAAUAAAUAUGAUCAAACAUU